AUGCUCUUUCACCACGGCCUGGUCCUCAUGCAGCGGUUCGCCGCGGUCGAGCGGAUUGGCCCCGGGCCGGGCGAAAAGUCCAGCCGCGUCGCCUUAAUCGCGAACUUCCUGGCGACCCUCUGGCGGGACAACGCGAUCGCCCCCGCCGAGCGCGACGGCGCGAAUCACGAGGUAGGGAUCGCCGGGCGGGUGUUGGUGAAGGCCGCCGAGGCGUCGCUUCGGCAGGAUUCGCGGCAUCAGUUGAUUUGCGGCCUGGAGCUCCUUAAGGCGCUGCUCUACCAACUCACCCACCGCCGCCUCGAGCACGAGGAGCAGUUCAGCGAGGCCCAGCUCAAGGCCCUCGCCCUGCCGGGGCUGUGGGCUCGCUUUUUUGGCAAAGGCGCGAUGGAUUCCUUCCGGCUCAGUCGCUGGAGCGCGUGGUUGACGCCGGCGAGCCUGGCGGCCGGGCGCUGCGUGCUCGUGGAGGCCCUCCAGCAGGCGAUGCCCACGGUGGUCGAGGCCGGCCCCGCUAACGCCUUCGCCACGACGGAAAGCGAUCGCGAAGACGGCGAAAGCGACGCGGAAAAGCCCGAGGACGCCACGACGACGGUCACGAUGUCGAUCGGGGCGUGGAUUGUGCUGCAUUUGUGCCGUCUCCAGAGUCGUAUUUAUGAGCUCCAGGCCGAUUUGGAAGGAAGUAUGGAGGAGGUCUUGCAGGCGUCCUCGAAGGACUACAACACCCUGAACGACCUGAUCUUUGCGAUGGAGGAGUUGCUGCGGAUGGGGCAAUCGGACAGCCCGCUUGGCCCGCCGGACGAGCUCCUCGCGCGGGUCGCCUUACCGCACACUUUUCUCCGACUCCACGCGCGGCUUUCGCAGUGGCGAAGCCUCCCAAACCGAGCGACCCGCCCCGCCUCGGAGCUUAAAGACCGCGGGGCCCACUUCACGACGCGCGAUCGCCUCAUGACCUCGAUGAUGAUCGCCCCCGAGUCUUUCCUCGCCGCCGACGAGGAGGAAAAGCCGGAUGCGGCGAUGGCCGAGGAUGCGGCGUGGGGAUGGUUAGCCCGCCGCAUCCAGCUCACCGCGGGCACCCUCACGCUGGGCCUUCUACGACGCCUGAGCGCGUUCACGGCGGCCCACCUCGACUUCGACGAGGCCCCUUACCAGGCCGCCCUGGAAAGCUGGAAGUUGUGCCUCGCGCAGGCCCACACGCGGAGCCAUCCGCCUCAAUCCCCGGCCGAGGCGGCCGGCGAGGGCCCUGUUCUUUCCUUUUCCUUGACCCCUUCCUUGGGCGAACUCAGCCUGCGGUGGGUGCGAUCGCUCGAUCGGCAAAUCGACGCGGAGCGCGAGGCCCAUCGCCGGCUCGCCCACGACGAGGCCUGCGCGCGGGCCCGAAAGGAGUUGUUCGAGGCGCUGAAGUCCCGCGUUUUGCUCCCUCGGGAUGGCGGCUCCCUCGACGACGAGGCCGGGCGGGAUGCGAGGCUGUUGUUGGUGUCGAUCUACCUUUUACCGCGCGCCCUACUGAGCUUGGAGGAGAUGUUUUUUGUCCAAAAGUUCUUCGAGUGGCUGCUUCGCGAAGCCCACGCCGAGGACGCGCGAAGCCGCCGGGAAUCGGGCGAUCCAGCCCCAUCCUGCUACGACCGCGUCGUGGAUCUGAUGUUUCUUCUUCUGACCAAGGCCUGCACCUUUUUUGCCGGCCUGACCGACGCCGAAAGCAAGCGCUUAGGGUACUUAAUCAACUACAUCCUGCGCCUGCUGGAGCCGGCGGAGGUGCCUGGUCUGACCGGGGCCGUCAAGCGGGUCCUGGCGGCGGCGGCCGCCGCCGCCGCCCCCCCCGCGGACGCCCCUCUUUCCCCUUCCGGAUCCCCCCUGCCCCACGAGGGCGUCGUGAAGGUGAAUUAUUUGGUGGCGGCCUCGAGCGCGAAGUGGUGGGGGGUUUACCUCCACCACCCCCCCGAAGCUUCGCUCUGGGGCCGCAUGGCCGGCGCGGGAUGGCACACCGCCCCCGGGCCUCAACCCCUGAGGCCCGGGAAAGCGCCCACUCCCCCUUCAGAAACGCCCGGCGGGUUGGCGAUUUCGCAGCUGCGGGCGUCAUCGCUGCAGUGCGAGGGCUAUCUUUGCCGGGUGUUGGUGCAGGUUUUGGCCGGGCCGCGCGAGCUCCCCCCGCACCUCCACCGCAACGUCCUUUUGGUCCUCGAGCGGCUCGACAAGCGCGCCUUCCCGAGCACGCGGGCGGCGGCGGGGCUGCUCAUUCGCGCCCUCGCCCCGCACGCGGCCCGGGAAAAACCCCAUUUCGCCUCGGCCACGGCGGUGCUGAAGGCGCUGCGGGAUAACCUGGCGGCCGGCCGCGAGGUUUGGGAGCCGUUGCAGGGCCUUUUAACCCAUUACCACCACCAACAACUCGUUUUUGGCGGGCAGACGGGCCCCAGCGCCGCGGAUCUCGCCGACGCCGCGCGGUGGUUCCACCUCUGGCGGCUCCGCGAGGGCUUCAUGCGGACGCUGCUCGCGCCGGCGCUCGCCCAGCUCGCCGACGACGCCGCGCCGGACGCCGCGAGCGAUGGGGCGGCGGAGCUCGCGGCGAGGGACCCCGACGACCCGGGGGGGGGCCGGAAAGGCCAAACCCCCAGCCCGCUCGGCUCCAUUUCGCGUAUUUCCUCCUCUUCCUCUUCCUCGGGGUCGUCCUCGUCGUCGUCCUUGUCGUCUUCGCGGGGGUCUGCCGGGGGGGAUGGCGAAAGUUCGGACUCGGAGGGGCCCCCCGGGAACGCGAGCCGCGGCCCCUCCCCUACGCCUUCCGCGGAGGGCGAAAUCGACGGGGACGGCGAUCCGCGGCGGGCGGCCUCGCGUAAACGACUUCGGCCGCCGAAUGGGGGGUCGCCGGAGUCCGACGCCGCGCGGCGCGGCCCACAACCCAAACUCGAAUGA